AUGGCGGAUGUCAUGGACAUGCCUGUAGAGGCCAUGGAUCGCCGCCGCGACCGGCAGCCGGACAAGAGGGAGAGGACGCAGCCGGAGGAGUCGCCGCCGCCUCCGCCAGCCAGGAGGAGGGAGAAGGAUUUUACAAGAGACAGGAGGGAAGACAGGGACGUCGACCGCCCGGCGAACCGGAGGGAUGACUACCACGAUUCAAGGAACAGGUCCCCUGGUCUCCCUUUGCCUCCCCCUCCUCCGCCGGGGCCACCUGUGGCGGCUGCGGGGUCGUCGAGGGGGGACAGGGAGUACCGCAGGAGGAGCAGCCCCAGUCCUCCGGCGUACCGCGACCGCCGUCACUCUCCACCUCGGAGGUCCCCUCCGCCGGGGCAGUUUAAGCGGUCUCGGAGGGACGAUGGUGGGUACGACAAGCGCCGCGGUAGUCCUCGGGGUGGAUUUGAUGAAAGGAGGUGAGCUCUCUGACGAUGAUGAAUGGUUAGUUUAUCUAUUAACUGCAGAAAUCAGGUCUUCGCCUAGCCAUUUUCGUAUUUUUACCUGUAAUCAUUACAAAUAGAGCGCAAUAGCCGCUGAGCAAAAACUUGAAGGAUGUAGUGGUCACGAGUAGGCUCAAAAUAGCCAUACGAGAUGCGCCUGUUCCAUGGCAGGGUAAUCAGAUUAUCACUGAAAAGUCCUGAAAGCUACCCUCGAGUCGUCUGCUUGUUCACACGCAUUCUUGACACUCGAGGGGCGGAAUCUGAGUUUUUGCUUCUUAGUGCGAGCUUGUCGUGUCCACUGCAUUAUAGUCGGUAUGUAUGCCACAAAGGAAUGGUGACAUGUGCUUCAUGGCUCAUUGCGUCAGAGGAUGGGCGGCUCUGUGGGUGCGCAAUAAAGCUAGAAACACUGGGCUUAUCAAAUCUGUAUUAUUGCUGGGAGUUAUCUACAUAUUUCACAUUUGGCUUAAUUUUUUCACGGACUUGGAUGGGCUUUGUGAAUUACAUUUGGCUUAAUUUUUUCACUGACUAUUGUGAACUUUACGUGAGGCCUGUGCCUUUAAGAUUUUUUAUCAGGACUACUGCCUAUCUCUCUGGCUAUAAUAAGUUACGAACUGUUGUUUCUCAGGCACCUUUGGCUAUUUCUUUCUCGUGAAGAUGGUAGUCUGGAAAUGAACAGAAUGUCUCCAGCUGACCUUAAUAUUCACGCUUGUUUUAAUUAAUAGACUUGGUGGCGAAGAAAAGACAUGAUUGAUUACAGUAUUUAUAUCUGGCUGUCCUUUUCGUUUCUUCCGUCCAUUCUUUUGAUUUUACCUCCGAAAUGAUAUUUUUUUUCUUUCAGGCUUAGUUAUGAUUAUGUCGGUGGUUAUGACAGAGGUGGACCUGGAGGUAGGCCUGGUUAUGCUGAUGAAAGGAUGCAUGCCCGUUAUCGGACAUCAGGUGAUUACCCAUUUUAUCAUUGACUUCCUGUUAAAUUUCACCUUGGUUUUAGUUAUUAGGGUAUCUCUUCCUUCAGAUGUCGACAUUGAUGAUGUUAUUUGACGUUGAUGACUUUGUCAUUCUGUUGUAUGUAUUUAUAUUCUUGUUUAAAUGGCUUUAAUUUUUUGGUUUUACAGUUAUAUGUCUGCUUCACAUGUUUAAAAUGAGGGAACCAUAUUGAGCGAUGUUUACAAUUCCUUUUUUUUUUUUUUGGAGUUUUUUCAGUGGUACUCAUCUUUACUGUCAACAACAGAGAAUUUGGUGUUCCAAUUUUCGGAAAUGCCAUUGUAAGCUUGCCUUUAAAAAGAAAGAAAAACAUUACUGAAAAUCCAUUUUUUAAUGUUUUUUAAAUAGUCUGAAUGGAACUUUAAAUGCGCCAUGUUGACUCAUCUGUAUCCCCGAUGUGCACGCCAACCACGUUGAUACUUGUUGGGUUCUAAUUUUCAAGUAUUGAACAAAUGUAUGGAAUUCUAACUUUCGCAAAGUUGCCAACCUGUUGGGGUCUACAUAAUGCUUUGUCCAAUAAAGAUCUGCCAUGUUGCCAACCUGUUGUUAACAAGAACUUUGAAAAAUCAAGAUUGCCUGUGUUACACAGAAAAUCCUCUCUUUGGAUAAUGGUUGGCCUAAUACUUGCAGAUGUCGUGGGCCAGAAUUGCUUGGGUUGAUAGACUUAUUAUUUUAGUUCGAGUGCUCAUUUUUGGCUAAAAUGUGAGCUGUGACAUAAGUUGUGUGGAGAUUAUCCGAGCGCACUGUAAUAUUGUGACGAGUCACUGUCGCGUCCACAUAAAGACAGUUUAACUUUUACCUUUCCAGUUGACAUAUUGCGCUCACUUGUCGAUAUUGAUGAUUAUUGAAUAUAUUCUUUUAUCUGAGGCGGAGCUUUUCAUUCAAAUUUUCUGCAGAGUGGUCUGAAUCUGGACGAGCUAGCCUUAGGGACGGUGGUCAAAGGUUAGCUACUUAGCAUUUGGUGCACCUUGCUGUUUCUGUGUAUUGUAUUUGUUCAGUUUCUGUUUUUUUUAACCUUCUGUUUCUGUUGAUUUCAAUUUCUCUGAAUGCUUGGGAUACCUUGAUAAAUAAUUCAGCUUUACCUUUUUGUCCUAUGUUUAACACCUUGAACCAACGUAGUUAAUUUGUAUUGGUAUGUAACGAACACCUCUUGUUUAGGUUGCUAUUAUGUGAGAAAACAUAGAUUGCCAUUGUGACUCUAAUUUCAAUAGAUUGUUAACGGUAAUAUAAUCGUAACUUGAUUGCUCAUGCUUCAGAAGUGCACGCUCACAAGUAUUCUAAAUCGUAAAUUAUUGUACUGUGUGAUCUGAAAUGACCACAAAACAAUGUCUUGGUAUGUGAGGAAAAUGAUCAGUGUCGUGCAUAAAUCACUCUGGUUCAAUGGCCUGUUGUAUUUUCAUGUUUGAACUGCAAACCAAGAAACCAGUAGUUCUAUUAAAUUUAAGAGUUUUUACGUGGGCUAGAUUUCAAUUAGUGUAGGAUUCCAAAAACCCAAAUUUUCUAUAUGGCAGCUUUAACGUAAGUUUUUGUACUAAAUUUUAUUUAUUUAUUUUGAAAAAAAAACUUAUCUUUUUGUCUUUUUGGUGGAUCCGUGAUAAGUUGUUUUAUAUUUAACCCAUAGAUGAACUUUUGUGGGUUUGUUUCAACUCUAAAUCUUUGAGGCAUACAUCUUGUGACUUAACAAGAUUUAAGAUCAAGGCAACAUUGGAUGGAAAUGAAGGAGGGUGGGUACGUUUCGUUCCUUUAUUUAGAUCUGAACGUUGCUAGCUAGCUUAUCUACAAGUAUAUUUUUUCUUGUUCUUCAGCGGUUUUUUUAGUCUAUUGGCUAUAUUGUUAUGACAAGUCCUAGAAUGGAACUGUAGGGAUUUCAUGCCUUUCUUCCCACAAGUUUGCACUAAUUGUAAACUUGGUUUGAGAAAAGAUAAAAUAACCUGGCCAGUCUCUUUUCGCUCUGUUUCUCUGCUCCCAAAAAGAGGCUCUCAAUAUUUUGGGCUGAAAGUUUCCCAGAAGUUCUUAGUCUUCACAUGGUCAUCUGAACAGGAACAGGACUUGGCUGUUGGAUUGAUCAGAUAUGAUCCAAUGAAGAUUGCACUAAUUUGGUGAUUUUUUAUCUGAAGGAUAUGGCUAUAACUUUGUAAAUGCCGAUUUUUAGUCUUUUCAGUCCUGGGCUGAAUUAGCUUGAUUUGUAAUGCCGAUUUUUAUUCAUAGGGAAUAGUAAUUUCUCCUGUAAUUUGGUUAAACAAGUCAAUAGUUUACCAUGCUUAGGUUAACCACACUUUAGGUUGACCGCGGUUUGCUCUUGGCUUUUAGGAAAAGAGUUAUAAGUCAUUAAUAUUGGCAAGGUUGAUGUAGUUAAGCCUGUCUGUCAUGCCAAAGAUGACACCAUUUCCCAUCUUGUUUUCUUAUUUUUUUCGAGAAUAAGAUCCCUCAACUCGUGCUUUAAGUCAUUUUUUCAUCUUCCCCCUUGUUUCUCUUGCUAUUUAUUCCGCGGGAUUUGGGACCGUUGUUCUCAGAUGUCAAGUUUUCUGUUGUUGGCAUCUUUCCCAAGACAGGUUUGUUUUAUUCAAGCAGCCCAAUUGGGACGUCGGGGCAUUUCCUUAAUUCAAUGUUUGUGUUGCCGUUCAAUGGACACAUUCCAUGUUUACGCUUUUACUGACAAUGCACGUUGACAGAUGCCUUUGUUUUACCCGAGCAAUGGAACGGACAUCCAUUUUGCAUCCAGUUGAGGCAAACUUGCAAUGCGGGUUUUUCAAACUGAAAACAGUAGAUAUUUUUUUCUUGAAUUUUUGAAUCAUCUAAAUUUCUGGUACCUUGAAAACUAUCUAAGUACGAAUGAACUAUAAGAGACAAAUCAUAAUCAUAAUAGAAAAUAUUCACUUAAAUAUUCUAUAAAUAUUAACAUAUUAACUUUUAAAACUUAAAAGUUGAAUGGGCGAGAGGAACACAGACCAUUGCCCUUCUGCCAUGAUUGCCUUGUUGACCUUGAAAACCUUCACCAAAAGGUCAGACAGACAUGGACGUGGUUAUGUCCUUUUUCAUGUCGUGCUUAGUGGUUUGUACUUCUUUGUCCUGUGUCCGCAAGAAACCAUGAAUUUGUUGCGACGAGUUCUCUUGUGUUGCCUACAGAAUUUGAUCCUAAGUAACCUAGAAACCAUACCGCCUUCAACGCUUAAAAACUUUUCCCCAAACAACUUAGGGUUCAUCUCUGUUCGUGCCUGGUGUAGAGACUCUAAUCAUGUACCUAAUCCAAGUUAUCAGUGGAUGGUACUUAUGAUGAGGUGUAUGAAAGUUCUCUCGAUCGAGACUGUUAUUUCUCUUUCGGGUUAAAGUCUGAAGUCCCAUCUCAAAACAAUUUGAACUAACUUACUCAUGCGUUCUUAUGGACUUAUUUACAUUGUACUCUUGCCUUUGAACCAAUUUGAACUUUUUGGAUUAAAUUUUUAAUGUACAGUUCCGAUGCAACAUUUUCCUUUUUGAAAAUCUAUAAUCCUUAUUGUCUCAUUAGGUCUUACUAAGUUUUGCAUCUUCAUUGAAUAUUCGCCUGUCCUAAUGUUACUAUGCUCCCCAGUUUUUUAUGCCUUAAUUAUAUUGGGAAAUUCAUAGGAACGUGUGUACUCUAACUACACAUGAUCCUCUCAGAAUUGUCUGGUUUGCAAAUUUUGUCUUUUAACUCUGUGUGACACAUCUACUUUUUGUGAGGUGCUUCCCUGUUUCAUUAUCUUAACAUUUGAGUUACAUGUUGAACUAGUUUAAUGCCGUAUCAUUGUGAAUAACUUCAAUCUAUUUCAGGGAAGGUUUGAUGUCAUAUAAGCAAUUUAUUCAGGAGCUUGAAGAUGAUAUAUUGCCCGCAGAAGCAGAGCGCAGGUUCUAGUUGCUCUAUUUUCCCUUCACAUAUAUUAAUUUGUGAAUUCAUUAGUAUUCUUAAUGGAUUAUGCUGCUCGAGUGUGAAGAAAAAGAAAUAGAGAGAAUAGAGAUGGGAAACAAGUAGUGAGGUGCAUUAUGCCACACCUUUCUCCCUAUAUCGCCGAAGGUAAAAGGGUAAACUACUAGUUACUGGUUUUUUCUAUUGAGGAGUACGAUUUGAUUUUUAAUAAAAUGGAGCUGAGUUAGUGAACCUGGUUUUGCAUUCUCAGUUCAGUGUGCAUGGGGAUCUUUUCGAUCUGUGGGUAGUGGGUCGGGGUGGGGGUGUAGAAUUGGUUCAGACAAAUAGUUUGCGUUUGGAAAUAUAUUCUGAUCCUUUUUUGCAUUUUUUACAUUAUUUUCUUUCUUUAUGAACCGAUGGUCUACACUUGUAUGCUGCUUUGCAAUGCCAUUGUAGGCUGAUAUUAUUUACCUUUAAAUUUGUUGUCUUUAAUCUGCAAGAUAUGAGGAAUACAGAUCAGAAUAUAUUGCAACCCAGAAACGUGCUUUUUUUGAAGCUCACAAGGAUGAAGACUGGUGAUUCUCGUUUUCUUUUUCAUUUCAGCCUGUCUUCCCAUAUAUAUCUUGACUGACUUUUUCAUGCAUUUUUGUUAUAGGUUGAAGGAUAAGUAUCAUCCUACAAACUUAGUCACUGUUAUAGAGAGGUGAGCUGUAAAUCUGCAUUUUAAUAGAAAGCUGUGCUGUUAGUCUGCAUGUUUUUGCCUUGCAAAACUUAGUCAACUAAUAGAGUGGUGGGAUGGGGAUAAUUCAAAGUCUCUGAUGAAAACUGAUACCCAGAGCAAUAAAACUUGUCACAUUGUGAUUUUGUAUAUACUCUACCGGGGAUCCAAGAAAAAUGUUUUGCGAGUUAUUUAGGUAAACUUCUAGAGGAAUAUUCUGACCAACCUGAUAAAUUAAUUUCAAGAAUUUUUAUUUGGUACUGCAAUAACUAUACCUGACCCUUCCCGGUAUUUUUGUGGCUUUAUUUAAAUAAUGCAUCGUUAGAAAUAAUUUUUCUUUCUUUGUAGUCUGUAGUACUUCUUCAUCCUGUAAGGUUGGUUUUUUACUUGUGUUCCUGGUUUUCAUUUCCUAUUGCUUUCUUUCUUCCACAGGAGAAACGAAAAUGCAAGGACAGUUGCGAAAGAGCUGCUGCUCGAUUUGCAUAGUGGGACAUUGGACAUGUGAGAUACUUGUCCUUUGGUUCUUGUAAAAGAUUGAUGCUUAAUUCUUGGGUUGAUCUUAUUACGUUUUUGUGCAGUGGUCCGGGGCUGACAGCGUCCUCAUUGAAUAAAUCCGGACAUGGUAGUGACCCAAACUCUGAGGAUGAAGUUGAUGCUGGUGGGAAAAGAAGAAGGCAUGGCCGAGGGCCUGCAAAAGAAAGUGAUCUCGUCUCUUCAGCUCCAAAGGCACACCCAGUGAGUUCUGAACCACGGCGAAUCCAGUCUGACGUGGAAUUGGCUCAGUCUCUGAUACGUAAACUUGAUGCCGAAAAGGGCAUUGAAGAAAAUGUUCUGUCUACCAGCAAUAGUGACAAUCUGGAGGGUGAGAGGUCACGCGCUGGAUCAACGGGACCAAUUAUAAUAAUACGCGGUUUGACGGCCUUCAAGGGCCUGGAAGGUGUUGAGCUACUGGAUACUCUGAUCACCUAUCUAUGGCGUGUUCAUGGUGUGGACUACUAUGGCAUGACUGAGACUAACGAAGCUAAAGGUCUACGCCAUGUCAGAGUUGAUGUUAAGAAUUAUGAUGCUACAAAUCCGGCUGCGGCCGAAUGGGAGAAGAAGCUUGAGACUUUCUGGCGGGGAAGAUUGUCUGGGAAUGACCCUUUGGAAACGAGGACCGCCAAGGAGAAGAUUGAUGCCGCUGGUGCUGAGGCUUUAGAUCCUUUUGUUAGGAAGAUAAGGGAUGAAAAAUACGGCUGGAAAUAUGGCUGUGGAGCCAAGGGCUGCACAAAGCUUUUUCAUGGUGCUGAGUUUGUCCAUAAGCAUCUAAAGCUUAAGCACCCUGAGCUCGUCCUGGAGCUGACAUCUAAAGUUCGUGAAGAUCUAUACUUUCAAAACUACAUGAGGUAAGUAGUAGUUUCACAGAACGCUUGUUGUUCAUUCUAAUCAGUACCUUUACAUAACUGCAAGUUUCUGUCUUGAAUGUAGCGACCCAAAUGCUCCCGGCGGGACUCCCAUCAUGCAGCAACCUGCACCAGUAAGUUGUUGCUGUGACUAAAACUUUUAAUUGGCGAGCAUUCUUUUUAAUUUUUAGCGAUUUAUGUUUGUUUGAUUUAAAAGACUCCAUGGCCAAUAUCAACAUGGACGGUUUUAACCUUCAGCUCAAUCCCAUGUGUAGGAUGUAUUUGAAAAAAGGUUUACCCUCGGUGAGAGUCAACCAUGGAUUUGUAAAGUCGAAACUUAGCUAGGGAUGCAGAUCCAACCCAUUAGAAUCAAUAGUUUUCAGGUUCUUUGCGCUUAUUGUUCCAGAUGGAGAAAAAGGAAAGGUCAGGGGAGGGAGGAACGGGAGAAAAGUGGAUGGAACAAAAAACUGAGGCAUUGAACGAUCAUUUUCAGGCACUGCUGCGACUACAGUCUCUCUCUCCUUCCUUUUCUCCUUUUGUUAUCCCCUUUCUUCUUCUUCCUCCAGACUCUCUGGCUCUGAGAUCUGUGGCCACCUCCACACUGCUGCCUCUGAGAUCUGAGCCCACUAACUGGAAGUAACGGGAUGGGGCAGCAGGCAGAGAAGAGGUGAAAAAAGGGAAAAAGGGGGGAAGGGAGGGGCUGCUGUUGGAGCCUUUUUUUUUUUUUUGGAAAAAUAUUAUUUAUAUUAUCCUGUUUGAUGAAAGCUAUUUUUUAAAUAUAGGUUUUGUAUUUAAAAAAACAUUGUUAUAUUCACUCUCUUUUUCAAUCAAAUCCAUCAUUUUCCUUGUGAUCAUAUGGUUCAUGAUCAGUCCCGGCCUGUAGUAGCUUGUUCACAUCGAAUCCUAGUAUCUGAUCCGAAUGUGAUGAUGUUGUGUCGUCCUCUUUAGAUCAGAAGAAAGUUUCUUGAUAUGAAUAUGUGGUGCCCACAGAGACCUGAAAUCAAUAGAGUACCUGGUCCAUCUUUGUGGUAUGCAAGCUUUGAGAUCUCAGUGUAUAUAUAUUACAUUACAUCGCAGUUCUGUGUUCAUGAGCCUGCUUCGUGAGGCAGUCCAGAUCUGCUGAUGGUUUAAGAAAGAUUCAUUCUUCAUCCCCGAUUCAGGUUCUUUCUGUGGCCGGAGAGCAUGGUAUUGAUGUGGGUCUUGUUGAUUUUCUUUCAGAGGGACCGAGGACAGCGAACAAGGCCGGAGCGCGGCCCCCGGAGAGACCACGACAGAGUUGAACGGGGCGCCGACGAGGACAGAUUCGAGAGGGGUGAGAACUCGCCGCCAGCUGAUUUCCAGGCCAGGAACGGCGGCGCGCCCGAGGGAAUGAACCCCGACGAGCCUCUGUUCGAUGCAUUCGGCGCUCAGGGCCUGCACGGGGGCCCCUUCCCUUCCGACAUCCCUCCGCCGCCGGUCCUGAUGCCCGUGCCCGGCGCCGGGUAAGCCAGCCGCCAAUCCUCAACCCUGCGGUGUGUUAUUACUCUCUCUGCGCGAUCAUCAUUUGCCCACUCUCCUGCAUCAUCUCCCUGCAGCCCGUUGGGCCCGUUCGUGCCGGCCCCGCCGGAGGUGGCGAUGAGGAUGCUGAGGGAGCAAGGCGGCGCGCCGCCGCCGCCAUUCGACGGCAACGGCGGCCCCCGGGGGAGGAAGCGCCCGGGUCCACCGAUGCCCGGCCCGGCCCAGAUCCUCGGCAUGCCGCCGCCACCCUUUCGGCAGGACCCUCGGCGCCUCAGGAGGUAUAUAACCAUCCGACCUUAACCUUUUCUUUUCCCUCCGGCCGUUGUGAAUUGAAGUCCUCUCUGUUCUCGCUUGCGCUCGCCGCCAGCUACCAAGAUCUCGACGCUCCCGAGGACGAGGUCACCGUCAUCGACUACCGGAGCCUGUAA